AUGAGUGUGCUAAAACCCGCAACACGCUGUCUUUUCUGCUCCUUCUCGAGAACGGCCAUCACUCCGGCACUAUCUCGCAUUCCCCGACGCCAGUUCCACCCGUCUCCCAUACCAUAUAACGACUCUGGCGACGAUGGCCGACGGCUCGAAGCCCCAGAGGUGCCGAAAGCUCUCAAUCAAUCCGAUCCGCGCCCUGAGGUCGAAGUCAGAUCAAAGCCCAAGGACAUAAUCCAACUCCGAAACGAACAAGAGGAACUGGAACGACAGCUUGAACUUCCGAAGAAGGAGUUCAAGAACCUCACAGUGGAUGAUAUCAUACCAUACACGAAAGAAGAGAGUUCCCGAUUGUCGGAGGAGUACACUGCAAAGCAGAUUGCUGCCAUAAAAGCCGGUGAAGCAAGCCUCGACCCCAAAGAUCUGGCGGCACAAGCCAGAAUACGCGAGGGCCCCUGGGCGCUAGAAUAUCUCGAUGACUUCUCCACCAUUGAGCCCGUCGUUGACCACCACAAGCGUGCUCCGCUGACGAAUUACGACUAUAACUCCCGUCUAAAGACCCAAGAUGAACUCAUGGGCGAAUUUACGGAUUACGUUAUGAACUUGCCGGAAGACGCAACGCCAGGCGACUUCCUCCGUUUCCUAGACAAUAUGCGAUUUACCGUAGGCAAGCCAGAAGCCGAACUUGAUCCCCACGAUUCCGUCGUUCCCGACAUCUUCGAUCCCGACGAGAAUCUUAACCAUAUCGGUGAACGCCGGCCCAGAACGAAAGAACAAGAUGCCGAGAGCGACCUGGAUCCCGGCUUGAAGCAGCUGAUGAUGGUUACUGGCUAUUCUCACCAGGAAAUCAAGGGCCUCAAGGUCAAAUCCCUCGUGGCGCACAGCGUCGUCAACCAGACCCGUCUGGGCAAGAUUCGCAAGGCCUACGUUUUAUCGGUAGCGGGUAACGGGAAGGGCCUGCUGGGUAUCGGUGAGGGCAAAUCGGAGGAAUGGGCGGAAGCCAGGGCUCAGUCCCAAUACCGUGCGAUCCGCAACAUGCAACCCAUUUUACGCUACGAGAAUCGAACCAUCUUCGGAGACGUCAAGGGCAAAGUAGGCGCAGUCGAGUUAACUCUCAUGCACAGGCCUCCAGGCUUCGGUCUCCGCUGCCAACAUAACAUCUGGGAAAUGUGUCGCGUCGCAGGCAUCCACGACCUCGCGGCGCGAGUACACCGCUCCCGCAACCCCAUGAACACCGUCAAGGCGGCGUUCGAGGCGCUGCGCAGCCAGAAAAACCCUGAAGACAUUGCUCGCGCCCGAGGCAAGAAAUUAGUCGAUGUGCGAAAGGUUUAUUACGCGGGCAAUGUAUAG